AUGGCUUGUGUAUUGCACUACGUGGACAAGAAUGGACAUAUAGUUGAAUGUUUUGUGGGUUUUGUGCAUGUUACUAAUACCACUGCUAUCUCUUUGAAGGCGGCGAUUGAUAAUUUAUUUUCUAGACAUGGCUUGAACAUUUCUAGAUUGCGCGGGCAAGGUUAUGAUGGGGCUAGUAAUAUUGUUGUGAAUGUAGCUGGUGGUUCAUGUAAACGUUGUGAUAUUCUCCGAGAGCAGCAAAUAUUCAUAGUUGCCGAUGCGCUUGACAAUGGUGAGCUUUUAAAUGGGCAAGGCUUAAAUCAGAACAUUUCUCUUAAACGGUCUAGUGAUUCACGUUGGGGUUCACAUUAUAACACUUUGAUUAGCGUGAUCACCAUGUUUUCAGCCACUGUUUGUGUACUUGAGUUAAUUUUAAUGGAUGGGUCUUUUGAACAAAAGUUUGAAGUAAGUCUUCUAUUGCAACACAUACAAUCAUUUAAGUUCAUAUUUAGUUUGCAUAUGAUGAGAGUUAUUUUAGGAGUUACAAAUGAAUUGCCGAAUGCACUUCAAAGAAAAGAUGAAGAGAUUGUGAUUGCUAUAUCCUAUGUCAAAGUAUGCAAGAACCAAUUGCAAAGGAUGAGGGAGAGUGGAUGGGACUCUUUACUUGAUGUGGCUUCUUCUUUUUGUGUCAAACAUGGCAUUCCCGUUCCUAAUAUCGAUGAUCCAUUUUCAGCUCGAGGAAGACCACGACCAAAAAUAAUCCGCCUUGCUGAAUUUUCUGCAAAAGAAUUUUCUCCAAAUACUUUAAUAGAACUUGGUGAUCAACUUAAUAAUUAUAUUGCGGAUGUGGGCUCUAGAAGCGAGUUUGAAGGAUUAAAAGGGAUUGGUGAUCCUGCAAAAAAGAUGGUUGAAACCAAAAGGGACAAAAUGUAUUCACUAAUUUAUUUGCUUAUGAUAUUGGCAUUGAUCCUUCUAGUUGCAACUGCAACUGUAGAGAGGGCUUUUUCUACUAUGAAAAUCGUGAAGAAUAGAUUGCACAACAAGAUGGGAGAUGAAUGGAUGAGUGAUAGUUUGGUAGUUUAUAUUGAAAAAGAUAUAUCUAUUGGUAUAGUUGUUUUACUAUCAAGGUACGUUGCUGGUGUAAGGGCUGGUUUGAAGGCUGAGUUUGAGCUUGAAGUUGCUGUGCUUCCAAGUGAAGGUUGCGAUAGCCUUGUGAUUCAUAUAAAGAUUGGUUAUAUCCUGCUAUACAAUGAGUGA